AUGGAAGGUCAAUUUCAAUUACUAUUUGACAAAAUGAAGAUCGAGAUGCAAAAUCAAAUUGCUGAAUUAAAGGAUUCUAUCACAGAAAGCAUUAUGGACAAGAUGGACGAAAAGUUAAUCCCUAUAGUGGAAGAAAAUAAAAACCUAAAAAUCAAAUUAGAGAAAUUAGAAAAAGAAUUAAAAUACCUAAAGGGACGGGAGAAGAGCAACAAUAUAAUAGUACAUGGACUAGAAGAAAAAGAAAAAACCUCCUUUGAGCUACUGCAAAAAAUAAAAAGAAAUCUGAAACAAGAUUUAAACAUUGAAGUAGAUGACUGCGAAGUUAACAAAAUCUACCGUCUAGGUAAUAAAAACAAAGAAAGUAAGAAACCUAGACCGGUACUUUGUUCGUUUAUAAACUACUGGAAAAAGACCGAAAUUAUUAAAAAUAGAAAGAACCUGAAGGACAUCUAUAUCACCGAAGAUUACUCAAAAGAAGUGCUAGAAAAGAGGAAAAAAUUACAAGCGGAGUUGGUUAAGGAGAGAGAAAAGGGGAAUAUAGCAUACUUGAAGUAUGAUAAACUAAUAGUCAAAGAAAGUAGUAACAUCCAAGAGAAGAGAAAACGAGAAGUAUCUACAUCACCCUCUGUAUCGCCCACAUCCCACACCAACCAGCCGAAAAAACAGCAGACUAUACCUCCAUUCAAGCCAAAUGUAACAAAUGCUUUUAAUUUGAUGCGGCCCAGAGCGAGCUCCCUCUCUAAUACCUCGGAAGCCAUAAAUACAAAUAAUGCCAAACAACAAUAGCAACUAAAUAUCGGCAAACGGAAACCGAAACCAACCGAAGAAACCUACAACAAAGAAACUUGUAAACACCACCAUCCCCCAAGCCGACUGGUCCUCGUGGGGGAGAACGACCACAACCCUCCAACCCUCUAAGUAUG